AUGCCAGCGACUAUAACCUAUCCAUCAGAGGUUCUUUGCGACUUGCAAGAAAAUACGGAACUAAUCCGAAAUAUAUGUAUUCUGGCGCAUGUUGAUCAUGGAAAGACAACGUUAGCUGAUGAUUUACUUGCCUCGAAUGGAAUCAUAUCUACCCGCUUAGCUGGCAAAUUACGUCUAAUGGAUAGUCUAGAAGCUGAACAAGUACGAGGUAUUACGAUGAAAUCAAGUGCGGUCUCACUCGUUCACGAGAAAGGUUGUCAUGAGAAAAAGUAUCUGAUCAAUCUAAUUGAUACACCUGGUCACGUAGAUUUCUCCUCGGAAGUUUCUACUGCUGUUCGGCUUUGUGAUGGUGCAAUUAUACUAGUCGAUGUAGUCGAAGGAGUGUGCCCUCAAACUUUAGCUGCGCUCCGACAAGCGUGGCUAGAACAUUUACGUAUCAUUCUAGUUUUGAAUAAAAUCGAUCGUCUGAUUAUUGGAUUGAAGAUGACUCCACUGGAAGCAUAUUUUCAUAUCCGUGCCAUCCUAGAGCAUUUGAAUGCUGUUGUUGCUGAACAAUUUACAUCGUUGUUAUUGGAAAAGAGUGCUGAACAAGGAACUACCGAAGAAACAAAGAGUGAAUCUACUACUGGUGAAAAUAUCGAUGAUGACAAUGAUGACUGGGCACGAAAUGAGUCCAAAAUAUGUUUCUCUCCAGACAAUAAUAAUGUCCUAUUCGCCAGCGCAUUAGAUGGAUGGGCUUUUGGUAUCCAUCAUUUCGCGGAUUUAUAUACAAAGAAAUUAUCUGUGAAACGUGAAGCACUGAUAAAAACUCUCUGGGGUGAUUACUAUUUCGACAAGAAGACCAAGCGAAUAUUUAAAGGAGCACAGAGUAAAGGCCAAAAGCCAAUGUUUGUUCAGUUUAUUCUCGAAAAUAUUUGGAAUGUCUAUGAAACGAUUAUUCUACGCCGUGAUAAUGAAAAACUUGAGAAGAUGGCCACGUCCAUUGGCGCAAAAUUAACUCCAAGAGAUAUUCGACACACUGAUCCAUGUGUUCCAUUACAUUUGAUAUUUAAUCACUGGCUACCUAUUGCUUCAGCCGUUUUUGAUAUGGUCAUCACUCAACUUCCACAUCCGAAAGCAUUAAACUCUUAUAAGAUCGAACAACUAAUGUGUAGUAAGAGCUGUCGAUUCGAUAGAUUACUACCAGAAACACAACGUUUGAAACAAGCUUUUGUGGACUGUUCAAUCGAUGAUCAAGCGCCGGUGAUUGUCUAUGUUUCGAAAUUGUUCUCCGUGCACAACAGCGCUCUAUCACAAAAUAAGCAAAAACCUUUAACUGUAGAAGACAUUGCUCAACGACGUGAACUUCUCAGACAGAAACAAGUUGAAAAGACAGCAACACCCAAUGAAGAAUGUGGAAAUCCUAUCGGAGAAGCAGUUCAAUCAACAACAGAGAAUGUUGGAGAAAUUACGACAGUAACAAAAGCAGAACCAGAGGAGAAUACAAAUGAAAACGUCUUUCUCGCUUUUGCGCGUGUCUUCAGUGGACGAUUAAAAAGAGGACAGAAGAUUUUUGUUCUCAGUCCCCGCCACGAUCCAAGCCAGUUUGUUGGAAAAGAUCUUAACGAAGUUUCUGCGCAUAGUAUUUCUGACCACGUACAUGAAUUCGUCGUACAAGAUCUCUAUUUAAUGAUGGGUCGUGAGUUUACAGUGCUCGAUCAGGUGCCUGCUGGAAACAUAGUGGCUAUUGGUCAACUGGAUUCUCUUGUGUUAAAAUCAGCAACAUUGUCAACUGAUAUCUUUUGUCCAUCAUUUACUGGUCUCCAUUUCGAGGUUUCACCGAUUGUACGCGUAGCAAUUGAGCCAAAAAAUCCUUCCCAAAUGAAACAACUUCGACGUGGUAUGCGAUUGUUAAAUCAAGCUGACCCAUUGGUUGAAUGUACACUGAAGGAUACCGGUGAAUAUAUUUUGUCGACCGCUGGUGAAGUACAUUUGCAACGAUGUAUUGAUGAUCUCACAAAAAUAUACGCGCGUAUCGAAGUGAAUGUAUCAGCGCCGAUUAUUCCAUUUCGUGAAACGAUUAUUCCACCACCGAAAGUUGACUUUCUCAAUGAAGUCUUAGCCAAUCAACAGCAACAAUUCAAAUCGAAUAAGAGAACUAAAGAAAGACCAGCAUGGCUGUUAGAGGAUGGAUUGGUGGAAUUGAGUACGCAAAAUCAACAGUGUAUAUUUCAAAUUCGGGCUGUUCCGUUACCUUCCGGUGUUACUCGCCUGUUAGAUGAGAACAGUUCACUACUUGGAAUAAUUGAACAAGCACAAGGACGUGAUGAUAAAAAAGUCGGCGCUCAACUGAAUGAUCAAACGCUCGAGCAGAUUCGUCAAUUACGAGAACGAUUGAAUGAAGAAUUCGUCAAUGCAAACGACAGCAUGUGGAGUGCGAAUACAGUUGAUGAAAUAUGGUCAUUUGGCCCUUUCAAAUGUGGUCCCAAUUUACUACUCAAUCGUAUCCCACAUAGUAUCUACAGACAACGUGGCUCAUCGAUUUGGACGAAUGCAUUAAACUAUCAAGACAAAACAAAUACGAACCCAUCAUUGAAUAAAGAUGAUUACGAUUUGAGUAUUAUCUAUGGUUUUCAAUUGGCAACUGCGAAAGGAUCUCUAUGUGAAGAGCCACUGAUGGGUGUUGGUUUUAUCGUUGAACGUUGGACAUUAAACACAAUUGUUAAUCAUGAUGAAGAUCCGGAAGUUGCCGACAAUCAAGCGACUGAUGCACCAACAACAGCGGCAACAAAUCUAGUCGAUGAAGUUGAAAGUCUACUGGAAACGUUAAGUAUGGAAAGUGAUGACUCAUCCACACUGCAUAGUUUACGAAAACCUCGUCGUGUUGUUGAUAAAUCGAAGGUAGUAAUAAAGCGUGGGCCACUAUCAGGUCAAAUCGUGUCAACCAUACGUGAUGCUUGCCGAAAAGCGUUCGAUUCUCAACCGAGACGACUUGUUGCUGCUAUGUUCAAAUGUGAAACCAUGGUGAAUGCUGAAGCAUUAGGUCGUGCCUAUGCGGUUCUGAAUAAACGCAAUGGGCGCGUUUUGAACGAAGAUAUGAAAGAAGGUACGAGUACAUUUAUCAUAACCGCUGCAUUACCAGUCGCCGAAAGCUUUGGAUUUACUGAAGAAAUGCGUAAGAAAGCAAGUGGCUUAGCAUCGCCGCAAUUGUCUGGUAAAACAUACUGGGAAGUAAUCGAGUUGGAUCCAUUCUGGGAACCUCAAACCGAAGAAGAAUUCGUUCAUUUCGGCGAGAAAGCCGACUUUGAAAAUCGUGCGAAAAAAUACAUGAAUGACGUCCGUCGACGUAAAGGUUUGCGCGUGGAAGAAAAGAUUGUUGAGCAUGCUGAAAAACAGCGCACACUCAAACGGAAUAAAUGA